GCCGCGGGAACAUGCGGAUAUGCUUCUAUGUAAAAUGGCGGUGUGAGGAAGGUCCGUUCAAAACACAGCGGAUUUACCUGUGAAGGUGUUUAGCUAGCGUUUACGUGUAAGAAUCUUCAGAUCAGAUAGUCAGUAAAAGGCAACGUUUGGGUUAUACUUUCCGGAGAAGCAGGAGGGAUGGCGAAGAGGAUUGCAGAUAAAGAGCUAACAGACAGGAACUGGGAUCAGGAGGAAGAAGGAGAGGAGGCUGGGACGUUUUCUGUAGCAAGUGAAGAUGUUUUGAAGAAUCGAGCGAUUAAGAAGGCCAAACGCCGAAAUAUUGGAGGAGAGGUUGAAGGUAGUGGAGCUUUCAAAGGCUUUAAAGGUUUCUCUCUAGCAUCGUCCGCAGCAAGUGGAGCCUCAACGCCAGCACCUUUCUCUGGGUUUGGGAAUGGCGGAGGCUUUAAAGGCUUUGGUGGCUUGACCAAUGGCAAUAGUAUCACACCUUCAUUUGGAGGUUUCUCUCCUCCUGCAACAUCAACAGCUACAGCUGGUUUAACGUUCAAUGGCCCCGCCUCCACCAAACCCACUGCUGACAUCACCACAAAGCAGACCAAUGGCUCCACCCUGAGUCUGACUCAAAGCUCAGGCUCCUGCAGCAGCAGCAGUAACAAGGAGUACAGCCGGCAGCUCACAGCGCUCAACUGCUCAGUGCGGGACUGGAUCACCAAACAUGUCAACGACAACCCUCUGUGUGACCUGAACCCCAUCUUCAGGGAUUAUGAGCGGCACCUGGCCAGCAUUGAGCGGCAGUACGGAGCCGGAGCUGCAGAUGGAGGCUCUGAGGAGAAGAAGCUGCCAACCACAGUCGCCGCCACACCUCCUCCUCCUCCUGCUGCUGCUGCUGCUUCUUCUACUUCUUCCUCCAGCUCAACUGCAGCCUUGUUCUCAUUUGGCAAAGAUUCGGAGGACUUGGCCCGGAAUAAAAGCACCACCGCCACUGUGGUACCGACCGGCGUCACAUUUAACUUUGGUCAGAAGGUGGACAGCUCUGCUCUGGGCUCCUUAGGGUCCAAAUCUGCAGCUUCCAGCUUCUCUUUCUCCUCCAGCACCUCCUCCAGCCAGAGCUCCCUGUUUGGGACACCAGGCUCUGCACCAGCCCUGUCCUUCAGUGGGACAAAAACCGAGGACAUUCAGCCUACAGAAGAGAAUGGAGAAGAAGAGUCAGAAGAGCCGCCCAAACCUGAAGUCAAAGAGGUCAAAGAGGAAGAUGCUUUCUACUCUAAGAAGUGUAAGAUGUUCUACAAGAAGGACUCAGAGUUUAAGGAGAAAGGAGUAGGAACUCUUCACCUUAAACAGGCGGGAGAUGGGAAAACUCAGAUGAUCAUCCGCGCUGACACCAAUCUGGGAAACAUCCUGCUGAACAUCAUGUUGCAGUCAUCCAUGCCAUGCUCCAGGGUCGGCAAGAACAACGUCAUGGUGGUGUGCGUCCCCAACCCCCCCAUCGACGACAAAAACCCCAGCGCCCCCAUCCCACUUCUCAUCCGGGUGAAGACGGCAGAGGAUGCUGAUGAGCUCCUGAAGACGCUGGAUGAGAAAAAAGGCUGAACUGCCCUCCCCUGGACAUCCCCACCACCUUUUAGCACACCUCACCCGUUCUCCUCAAACCCCACCCCCAGCCCCUCCGCUGUCACACACCACCGGUUCAACCUCAUCACAGCGGUUUUAUUCACGCAGACACAUUUGCACUUCACUCGUCCUCAAUAAUUUGAUGUUCAUACUGUGAAAUAUCUGUGUUUUCUUAAAUCACCAACACGUACAGAAGCAGGUCGUCGCUCUCUGACUCGGCUACAUUCCUCCUCCUCCUGCUGCUGCUGUUUUAUUAGAAGUCGACAAACACAAUGUCAGUGUAUGUUAUCAGCCUCUGUGUUUUUAAUUUUACUGUUUUAAUUGGAUGGCCGAGUGACUGAGUCAAGUGUGAAUUCAGACAAAUUAUUGUGCGAGGAGCUUCUCAUCACUGAGUCGUUUUGGGGAAACUAAACCUCCAAAUAAAGGUCCAGUCGAUUUGGUUUUACAAAUUAAAUACUUGCAGUAACAGUUAAUUUUUUAAUGAAAGUGUAGAGGAUUUAGAGGUUUCCUUCCUCUGAGUGUGUCUGCCGAGUGCUUUGUUUUUGCUCUGGAAACUAUUUAUUGUGUCGGCAGGAUUUGUACUCUUACUGAUUGAACCCUGUAUGACUGUUUCCCCUGAAGAGCUUCUUAAAAUGGUGUGGAAGGGAAGUAUUAUUUUUAUUUUUCUGUAAACAUGGACUCUGUUCUUUUCCAAGUGUCCUUUGUGUGGCCUUCAGUUCGGCCUUAGAGAUGAGGCAUGCUGUCAUCGUCUGAGAACAUUUGUAAAGACAUUUAUUGGGGAAUAAAAGGAAACUAAACAACCACA